UUCCUUGAAAAAACCGGCGUACUGUUCUUCUCCUCCAUCUCUCUCCAUUUUUCUCUUCUUCAAAUCGCUUCCUUUUUCUCUUCCCUUACCUCUCUCUCUCUCUCUCUCGACGCCAUUGAAACUUUCCUUCUCUGUAUUAGAUCCAAUUCAUCUUCUCCCAUUCCCUUCACCCAUUUCUUCCUUUUCAACGACCCACACAGGGCACCGCUCUGUUUUUCCUCUCUCACAUUCUGCCACCACCCCCGAUUGUUUGUCUAAUUCUAUUUCGCAAUCAAUCGGUCUCUCUUCUUCUUCUUCUUCGGGAUUUUCAUUUUAAUCCCAUUACUCUCAACCAACGGAUUCUUGCUUUUCCCAUUUUUCGUUGACUUUUAUUGAGGAUUGAUUAGCCGAUUCCCAUUUUCCAGACCCUUUUUUUUCUCUUUUCUUUUUUCUUUUUCUCGUUUGGUUUUGGAAAAAAAAAAUUAUAAUGUUAGGUGCAGGAUUGCAGUUCGGUCGUGGUGACGAUAGGUUUUAUAAUCCGACGAAAGCUCGUAGGGUGCAUCAGGGCCGUCAAAAGGAUCAGCUCCGGAGAGCUCAGAGCGAUGUUUCGGCUGGUCAAUCCCUUGUCGUUAAACAGAGCGCGGUGUCCUCGGUUAUUAGGGAAUCCGAAUGCGGCGAUGGGUGUGAAGAGCUCCCUAAAUCUAUUGCGACGUCGGGUUUUGAGCCGGUGGUGUCAUCGCUGAGUAAUCUCGAGCGGUUCUUGCAGUCUAUCGCACCAUCUGUUCCUGCACAGUAUCUCGCAAAGACAACGAUGAAGGGUUGGAGAACCUGUGAUAUGGAAUUUCAACCAUACUUUGUCCUAGGUGAUUUGUGGGAGUCUUUUAAGGAAUGGAGUGCUUAUGGCGCAGGUGUGCCUCUUGUAUUAAACGACAGUGACAGCGUUGUCCAAUAUUAUGUACCAUAUUUAUCUGGUAUACAGAUAUAUGGUGAAUCCUUGAAGUCCUCUGCAAAGUCGAGGCAACCUGGUGAGGACAGUGAUAGUGACUUCAGAGAUUCUAGUAGUGAUGGUAGUAGUGAUUCAGAACCUGAACGAGCACUAAAAUACAUGGGGAAGCAACUCAAUCAUCAUCGUUUAUCAUCUGAGCUUUCUCGUAGAAUGGAUAAUAUGUCUUUUCGGGACCAGCUAAUUGGACUUCAAGAAGACUGUUCUAGUGAUGAGGCCGAAUCUCUUAAUUCUAGAGGGCAGCUACUGUUCGAGCAUCUUGAACGUGAUUUGCCUUAUAGUCGUGAACCUUUGGCAGAUAAGAUAUCAGAUCUUGCUUUUCAGUUCCCUGAGCUCAAGACAUUACGGAGUUGUGAUCUAUUGCCUUCCAGCUGGUUUUCUGUGGCAUGGUAUCCAAUUUACAGGAUUCCAACUGGACCAACAUUAAAGGAUCUGGAUGCCUGCUUCCUCACAUUUCACUAUUUGUCUUCGCCAAUUGGAGGAGCACGUAGUGUUCAAUGUCCUGUAGUAACGUAUCCUAGUGAGAUAGAUGGUGUCCCUAAGAUGUCUCUACCAGUUUUUGGUCUAGCUUCAUACAAGUUCAGAGGGUCUUUAUGGACUCCAAAUGGUGGAUACGAGUGGCAAUUGGCAAAUUCACUUUUGCAGGAUGCUGAGGAUUGGUUAAGAGAACGUCAAGUAAAUCACCCUGACUUCAUCUUCUUCAGCAGAAGGUGAAAUCCUUGCAACAUCUUCAAUGCCUAAACCUAAAGCUGGUAACAAUAUCAUCGUUCAGUAUGAUGUCGUAAUUUGCUCUUCGUGGCGCUGUUCAACUUUCAGAAAAUGGAAAGGAAAAAGGAAAAGAACAAAAAAAGAAAAAAAGAAAAAGAAAAAAAAAAAGGAAAAAGAAGGAAAAGAAAAGUUUGUGAUGGGAUGGUGGUGAGGUUGGUGGAUGGCGACUUGAUAAAAAAAAAAACAAAGGUCAAAAGGGGAAAAGGCCAUAAAGAAAAAGGUGAAAUACAGUUGGGUGAAGAUGUAGAAGUUUUAGCAAAAACAUUGCCCAAAGUUGGUUCUACUUGCUGCUGCUGCUUGAGCUGCAUAAUAGGUUUUAUCCUUUCUUUUUUUCUCUUUAAUUACUGAAAGUUAUUUUUUUUUUCUAUAAGUUAUUAACAUUAGGUGAAAUGAAAGGAAAGAAAAAGAAAAAGAAAAAACCCCAAAAGAAAGAAAAACAGGCCCUUUUUACUGUCCUGAUGAUGUUUAGAAUGUAAACUAAUGGAGAGGGGAUUUUUGAUAGGAAAGGUUAUGUUAGGAGUAAGCUAUGGAUCCCCCCCCAAUGUAUUUGAAUGUUUGUUUAUGCUUCUUAGUUGCUAUUGAUGAAAACUGUAUAAUCUUUUAUGAAGAGCUUUGUUAUUAAUGAACCAUUAUUCAAGCUCUCUAUCAUUGUGUUCCCUCUUUGUUUGAAUAGGGAAGCCUAAAUCUUUAUGCAGCUUUCAUUGA